GAAUUGGGGAUUAAUAUGAUGUUUGUUACCAAAGAUGAUGAUCGGGUCUAUGGAUUGGGUGCUAAUGUCAACGGAUCACUGGGUUUGGGACACAACCAGUGGGUGAGUGAACCACAAGAGAUAAAAGAGUUGUCACAUAAAAAGUGUAUUAAUUUCAUAAAUGGAUUGGAAUUCAUAGUUUAUUUGACUCGUGAUAAUUGUGUGUAUAGUUUUGGUUAUGAUAGAUAUGGACAGUUAGGUCAGGGAUGUGAUGAUAAUAAAUUUAAGAAACCAAUGAUUAUACAAAUCAAUGACAACAAUGAUUUGAUAAGUGAUAUGAGUUGUGGUUCAUAUCACACAUUAGUUUUAACCGAUAAUAAUGAAGUGUAUGGUUGGGGUCGCAAUAAUUUCGGGCAAAUCGGAAGCCGAGACAACACUUGUGAAUCAAUUACUAAACCGGAAAAAAUAAAAUUUAUUGACAAUUAUUGUAUAAAAUCUGUUCACUGUUUUGAUAACUCGUCGUUUGCAUUGACAAGUGAUGGACAGGUGUUUAGUUGGGGUCAAAAUCGUUGCAAUCAAUUGGGACUUAAUUGCAAUAAUCAUAUGAUAUGUAGACCACAAUUGAUAUGUAAUCUAUCGGGUAUUACAUCUAUACAAUCGGGUGCAGGAAAAACAUAUUUUAAUAGUGAUUUUAAAAAUGAUGUUUAUAUUUGUGGUGAAUAUUGUAAUAAAAAUAAUGUAAUUGAUAUACAAAUGUCACCAAAAUUAUUGGAAAAUAGUUUAAUAAAUGAGUUGUAUUUGAAAGAAAUUGAAAGAUUGACUAAAAUAACGGCACAAUAUUUAGUUAAUAACAACACAUAUUGGUAUUACGAUAAUUGUAUAUAUAUUGAAAUGGAUUAUUGCAUAAUGAGUCUGAAAGAGGCCAUCAAAUUGAAAGCAAAUGUAUUUGACAGACAAUCAUCAGAUGAACCCAUGGAUUGUAUGGAGUAUUACAUUACGUGUGAAAUACUAUUAGAAGUGUUAGAAUGUGUCCGAUAUUUGCAUGAAUUGAAUCCACCGGUCAUUCAUCGCGAUCUCAAACCCGACAACAUAUUGAUAGCUAACGACAUCAUAAACGGACGGUUCGUUAAGUUAUGUGAUUUCGAAUUAAUAACAGUUCACGAAAUGGUAUCACAAAGUCAUACGUCAGGUGUGGGAAGUCCUAAAUAUAUGGCACCCGAAGUCAUAAAUGGUCGCAAAUAUGACACCAAAGCUAUAGUCUAUAGUAUUAGUGUUAUUAUUGAAGAGUUGUUCGAUACGGAUGUCAAUGAUUCACGCGAUAAAUAUAUAUCAUAUGAAUGGAGUGACAAAUAUUGUAAACUAUUGAAUGUUAUUAAACAUACGAUGCAACCGGUCUAUAAUGACAGACCUACCUGUGCUCAGAUCAUUGAACAGUACAAUGAAUGGGCUAUCGAUAGCACAGUUGUUACAAAUGAUAUCGAGUUUAAUGAAAAACUACAACAAAUCAAACACAAGGAAUGGAAACUCCGUAUAGAAAACAUGGAUUCAGAGCCAGAAUUAUGGGUUGAUAAGUUUUAUGUGUUUGACGACGAAUUGGGGAUUAAUAUGAUGUUUGUUACUAAAGAUGAUGAUCGGGUCUAUGGAUUGGGUGUUAAUGUCUGA